AUGUCUAAUAUCCAACUUUUCUUCCCCCCCCCCCUUAUAAUAACUCCAGUCAGAGCUCCCAGAGCGAAGUACACGAUAGUAGGAGAAGCAAUACGUAAUGUUGUCCCCGAACAUAUGCAAUGCUCUAUCGGCUGUGGAGGCCAAGCCUGCAAGUAUGACAACCCAAGUUACUGGACUGAUGACCAACAGGCCAUAAAAGGCCUCUACUCAUCCUGGAUUACUGAUCAUCUUCUCGCUAUGUCCAGACCCUCAACAGAAAUCAUUGAGGAGUAUAAAAUCAUUGAUCAAUUCAGAAGGUAUGGUAUUAAAACAGUGAUCAACCUACAGAUACCUGGUGAACAUGCCAGCUGUGGAAAGCCUCUGGAGCCAGAAAGUGGCUUCUCAUACCGCCCAGAGGUCUUCAUGGAAAACAACAUUUAUUUCUACAAUUUUGGCUGGAGUGACUAUGGAGUGGCCAACCUCACCACUGUUCUGGACAUGGUGAAGGUCAUGGCCUUUUCACUGCAGGAGGGAAGGAUAGCAGUCCACUGUCACGCUGGUCUCGGAAGAACAGGUGUGCUGUUAGCAAGUUUCUUGGCCUACGCUACCAGGAUGACUGCAAACCAGGCUAUUUUAUAUGUACGUGCUAAGCGCCCCAAUUCCAUCCAGACCCGAGGUCAGCUGCGUUGCGUCAGAGAGUUUGUACAGUUCCUUGCCCCUUUGAGGAGUGUGUUUUCCUGUGCUGAGCCUCGAUACAAUCCAGUCACCCUGUCCCAGUAUCUGAACCGCCAGAGACACAUACUGCAUGGCUAUGAGAGGAAGCAGCUGAGGCACCUGCCAAAGAUUGUCCAGGUAGUGUCUAGACUGCUGGUGGACAUUGCAGAAAAUCGAGAGGUGAUCGAGGAAGACAUUCUGGAGGCCCCAGAUAUUGAUGACAUAGAGAUGACUCUUAACGUCAUUGAGCAGAUGGGCCCUGAGCUUGCAAAGGAGCCACGCUUACCAGGUACGCCCACCUUACCCAGGCAUUUCAACGAGCCGGCCAUCUUCUACCAUCGCAAAAGUCUGAGCUACAGUGAGUCUGACUUGAGACGACUGGGCUCACAGCUCAACCUCCUCACACAACCUCUUGGCUCUUUGUCACAAAGUAAUGUUGAAAUGUCCAUUUCCCCAACCAUAACGGCUCUCCCUGCAAACCAGCGGCAGCGUUGCAAUAGCAACAUGUCUGACAUCUCAUACAGCUCAACAGGCUCACUCUGGCAAGCCAAAAAUGUAGAAAAACAAAAAGAUGGAUCCAUUCUGUUGAAGAAAGUGCAGCAGAAAAAGAUCCAACGUAGUGAGUCUGUGGGAAACAGUGAACCUACCAAAAAGGGUAGCAUGUUGUCCAGGUGGAAGGCAGAAAAGAGGGAAGAGUUAGCAAUGAAUGGGAUGAACUGCAAAGAGGAGCAUUCAGAGAAGUCGGAGGUGCCCUUCAUCACCCUGCAGUCAGAGUUGUCUCUGGACGCCAGGAGGUUGCUAGUGGCACAGGCACUGGCAGUAGACCUUUUUCUUGAUGGAGAAGAAGAGCACAAGAACAAAGUCUUGGCCUGGCAGGCAGAACUGAACCAAGGUGGUGGCUGGGAAAGGCUGUGUAUGGAGCGGGAUCCUUUCAUCCUCACUGGGCUCAUGUGGGCCUGGCUGGAGCAACUCAAAGAGCCAGUCAUUUCCAUCCAGGAAGCCAAAGCCUUAAACCCUCACAACACUGAUCCUCAAAGUGUCCUCAACACACUCGACCAGGCCUCUAAAGAAACACUGAUGUGCAUACUAGAUUGUAUGGCUCAUAUGCUGUUGAUACCAGAAAAGGUUGAAAAUGCAUUCCUGAAUCGUACAAUCAAGGCUUUCACUUGGAUGAAAAACGACUCAGACGAUGGAAGCAGAGUGUACGAGUCUUUGACUACAGUCCUACGUUGUGUCCUUGAGGAGAUGAGAUGUGUGGCCAUCGAAGCAGAUGAGGCGCUUGUGUCUCCUUUCUGUGUAUAG